CAACAACCAAUCGCAGACGAGCUUCGGGGGCAGCAGAUACCUCUUCUUCAGUGGGCGCAAUUUCUUCGCAAUAUUGAGUAAUUAUACAUUUUUCUUGAGCGGACGUCGGCUCUCCUCGUCCAUAGGGCUUGGUGUAUGUGUUUUAACGGCGGUCCACCCGCUGUGGGGUCGAGGCGGCACAGGAUCGGGAGUGAAAUGCAUCCCCGGGACGUUGAACCUGUUCCAUCCACCGCACAAAGCCUGUGAAGCAGGCCGUGUUUUCCUCCUUGGUCCAGCGCGCUGACGAUGAGCAAACAUGUCGGGGAACCACUACAAGGGCCACGAAGUCAGCUGCUGCAUCAAGUACUUUAUUUUUGGAUUCAACAUCCUUUUCUGGCUCCUGGGCAUGGCCUUGGUUGGAAUUGGACUGUGGGCAUGGAGUGAGAAGGGUGUUCUGUCCAACAUCUCCUCCAUCACUGACCUGGGAGGCCUGGACCCAGUCUGGCUCUUCAUGGUAGUGGGAGGGGUCAUGUUCAUUUUGGGCUUUGCUGGUUGCAUCGGUGCACUGCGGGAGAAUACUUUCUUACUCAAGUUUUUUUCCGUGUUCCUGGGAAUCAUCUUCUUCUUGGAGUUGACCACGGGAGUUCUAGCCUUCGUCUUUAAGGAUUGGAUUAAAGAUCAGCUCAAUCUCUUUAUCAACAACAACAUCCGCGCCUAUCGAGAUGACAUAGACCUACAGAACCUCAUCGACUUCACUCAGGAAUAUUGGGAGUGCUGUGGAGCUUUUGGAGCCGAUGACUGGAACCUGAACAUUUACUUUAACUGCACCGAUGGAAACCCCAGCAGAGAGAAGUGUGGAGUUCCCUUCUCCUGUUGCACCAAGGACCCUGCUGAGGAUGUAAUAAACACCCAGUGCGGAUAUGACAUUCGAGCUAAGCCAGAACCGGAGCAGAAGGACUACAUAAACGUGAAAGGAUGCGUACCUCAAUUUGAGAAGUGGCUGCAGGACAACCUCACACUGGUGGCUGGGAUCUUCAUUGGAGUAGCACUACUGCAGAUUUUUGGUAUCUGUUUGGCCCAAAACCUUGUGAGUGACAUUGAAGCGGUGCGGGCGAGCUGCUUUUUUACCUAAGAAAGCAGCAUCCAGAUCCUGACAGCAAUGGAUCAAAGAGGACUUCACAGAGCCAGCACCUUCUUACAAGCACUAAAGGUCACACUAACACUUUUGUAUAUAACAUUGUGUGGCUUAUGUAUAAAGGUAAUUGUCCCAAAUCAGUGCACUACAUUCAGAUUGUCACAAUAUUGCUCUGUUUUGAUAGCUAUGUGUAAAAAUUAGCAGUUUUUUGAUAAUUUUUUUGAUAUUAAAUCAGUAUUUUUCACUGCAACACUAAGCCUUGUCACACAGGCUAUAAACUAGUUGUAUACAAGAAAUGUGUUUGCAAUGUUAAGUGCUUGCAUUGUUCCACACAUUUGCAGAAAUUAAGGGAAAACUAUGUCACAUUUGCAUCAUGGUGUAAAUUGAAUGAAGUGCAAGGGACUAAAUUAUUACAAAAUCAAAAUAACGUUUUGUAUAUGUGAAUGUGAAUGAACAUUUAAGCCUAGACAGUGCUAAAGUCAACUGCAAUGCUAGUAGCACCCAGUUCCAUUGCAUUACAUUUCACAUAGAUGCAACCUAAAAUGCUAAAGGAGACCACUGAACACAUUGGUUGUAAAAUUCUUUGAAAAAAAAAAAGGACCAUGGCUUUCAAUUCAAUUCAUUUUAUUUUUGUAACGCCCAAAAUCACAACAACAGUUGUCUCGAAGGGCGUUCAUGUUUUGGUUGAUGGGGGAAACCGGAGUACCCGGAGGAAACCCAUCCAGACACGGGGAGAAACAUGCAAAACUCCACACAGAAAGGCCUGGGCGACCCGGGGAUCGAACCAAACCUUCUUGCUGUGAGGCAUGAGUGUUACCACCACCGUGCUGCCUACGCACAAAAACAAACAGGAAAAUCAAUCUUAUAGCUUGUGGCUAUAAAGUUCAUUCAAAGUGUUUUCAAUCUUAAGAGUUUUGCCAAGGAUGCUAAGCAAGUUAAAUCAAAAAAUUAAAUUCAAGAUAAAUUAUGAACAGAUGUUUUUUUAUAUAUUUUGAAAUAGUCAUCUUCUUGCCUGACGAGCCACACUAAUAUUUUUGCAAACAGUAUUCAUUUGUGGAUUUUCAAUUUGACCACAUUGAAAAAAUUGAAUUAAUUAAAUAAAAACAUUAGCACUUAAUGGAAUUAUACAUCUGUGUCUUCAAAUAUUUGUGUUUACAACUGAAGUAAAUAUAAUUAGUAAGAAAAUAAGUGUUAAAAAUCUCUAAGCAAGUCCCUGUUUACAAAAUGCAUUCUACAGUGUGUGCGUAUGGCUUUUGAUACUAUUGUUGAUACACUGGAUUGGGUUUUAUACAGUAACUUUAUGUACUACUGAUUUGAAGGCUACUAUCUCAUGCCACUGUGAAGACCUGCACUCAUCACUCAUUAUUGUACCAUUUCUAUCGAUUGUAUUCCACAAGCAUUGUCAUGUUCUACCUCCUCGUCUCUUCUCAUCCAGAUGCAUUUGGAUAUCAAGUCAUAUUAAUUAAUAAAGGUAACAAAAGUGUGACAAA